AUGGCACCUGCAAGGGCGCCCAGUGCGCUGCUACUGCAGUCCCUGAGGUCGUUGGCGAUCGAGGCGCCAUCGUCUAGGGCAGCUCUCCGAACCUUCGCAACCACAAGCUCGACUUCUCAAGAGGUCGAAGUCCAAAAACCCUCCUACUAUCACAACCCCGAUCCAGCCACUGUUCACGUUCCUCGGCUCGAGCGAAAGCUUCUGAGGACUGGCCAGUUCCCGGUCGGAUCUCGAAGACGACGCGCAGCACUAGCGCACUCUCCUGGAAUCCCCUUCGAUGAAUUGCCCUACCAAUGCUUCCAAGAAGCCCGCAAAAUCCUCAUUGCCGACCGAGCAGAGAAGCUCAAGAAGAUAGAAACCGAGAGGGCUCGCAUUGCUCGUCUCCGAGAAGUCGAACCGAGCACCUUUCCUGGCGGCGAGCUUUACAAGCAAAGGAGACUCACUAGUAUGCUAGCAGAACUGGAGAAGCUCAAGAUUUUGGCCGACAUCAACGAUCCCAAUGUGAAGAGAAGGUUUGAGGAUGGCACAGGUGACCUGAGCAAACCCAUCUACAGGUAUCUAGCCGACCGCAAAUGGCGAGAAUAUCCACGGAAAGUCCUCGUUCAACGAAUCACCCAGAUGAAGGUCGUGCCGGAUGUUAUUCCAAACGUGGAUUCUGUUCUGGAUGUCAAGAUUGUGUUUGGCAACAGAAUUGUACAACCGGGCGAGUUCGUGGAGUCGUACAUGAGCGAGAGUCCCUGCCGCCUGACUCUACAAUCCUAUGAGCGAGGCGAGAAGAUGGUCACCAUUGCUGUCGUGGAUCCGGACGUCCCGAAUGUCGAGACCGACUCGUUUGACUCUCGAUGCCACUAUCUCGCUUGCAACAUCACCAUCUCACCGACACAGCCAUCGGUAGAUCUUGCAGCACUAUCCCCAGAAACCCAGGUUCUUUUACCGUGGAUGCCGCCAUACGCGCAGAAAGGCAGCCCAUAUCAUCGGUUGUCCAUCAUGAUACUACAACAAAAAGACAACAUUCCCAUUGAUCUGGAGGUUGCCAAGCAAAAGAUUCAGCGUGAUGGAUUCACCGUUCGCAGCAUGAUGAGUCGGCAUAUGCUGAGUCCCAUUAGUGCUUCUUUGUUCCGGACACAAUGGGAUGAGAGCACGGCUGCCGUUAUGGAGAGAGCAGGCAUUGAAGGUGCGGACGUGGAGCUCAAGAGGAGGAAGGUCGAACCUCUGCCGUAUCAGAGGCGCAACACGUCUCGGAUGAGGGGUUGA